CGAAGCUCGGCGGAGCUGCCUCCUCCUCGCUCCUUGGGAUUUACCGUCGGGAGAGGCUCGGGAAAGGCCCCCGCCACCUCCUCUUCCUCCACCUCCUCCUCCUCCUCCUCUCCCCAGCCUUCCUCCAUCCUCCAUCCCCGCGGGCGGGCGCCGCACGCCGAGCCCCAACCCCUCCCUCUUCCCCCCGCGCUGGAUUUUGGGGGUGCCACCGUGCCUGGGCGGGGGGCUCGGCCACCCCCCGGAGCCGCGAUUGUCGCCGGUCCCAUGUGAGCUGCAAGGCACGGCUAUGCCCCUGGGGACACCGCGCUCCGCCCAACUAAGGUGCCGCUGGCCGCGACCAUGAGCGCCGGCGAGAGCCGCGAGCCGCCGCGCCCGGCCGAGGUGCGGGUCCCCAUCACGGCGCUGCCGGCGCCGCGCCGCCCCGCCGAGCAGCCGCCCGAGGAUGCCGGCAGCGGCUCCGGCUCCGGCUCCGGCUCGAGCAGCGGCUCCCCCGGCCGCGAGCCGCCCGCCGAGCUGGGCUCCGAGGAGGAGGAGCAGGUGCCUUACCCGGCGCUGGCACCCACCGCCUUCUUCUGCCUCAAGCAAACCACCCGCCCGCGCAGCUGGUGCCUCAGGCUGGUCUGUAAUCCAUAUCCUUUCCCUCGCGACACCCCCCGGGACACGGCGACAUCCCCCGGGACCCUCCCCGUGGCCGGAGCAUCCCGGCGGAGCGGCGCGUCCCCGCUGCCGGCAGCGCCCGGGGAUGCCACGGAGCCGGCGGCGCGUCCUCGAUCAAUUAAUUACGGGUUAAUUGAGCACUGGCGGAUCCUGUAA